UGGGGCUGCAUUCAUGUAGCGGAACUCGAUGCUUUGCGGCUCAGAGGGGGCGUGCGGACAACUUCGGGGUGACACAGCGUCCACUUCCGGAAGACGAUGGCGGCGUCCUCAGACGAUUCACAUGCAGAAGGCUGUAGCUCUUCAUCUGAGGGGUGUGAAUAUGCAGAUGAUCAUGACGAAUCUCCAGACCAAAAAAGUGAAAUUACACAUGAAGGAGUGCACAAUGAAAACAUUGAUGCCUCCUGGGCAGAAGCCAUGGCAAAAAUUUUAAAUAAGAAAACCCAGCCAAGCAAGCCAACUAUAUUGUUGAAGAACAAGGAGCUGGAGAGACUUAAAGAAAAGGAGAAGCAGGAACAAGCAGAAAAGCAGAAAAAGAUAUGUGAAAGAAGGGACUGGGAACUGAUCGGAAGAGUGAAACCAAACAUUGUUCAGGACAGAGAGAGGGAAAAGAACCUUCAAAGAAUUGCUACCAGAGGAGUAGUUCAGCUCUUCAAUGCGGUUAGAAAACACCAGAAGAAUGUGGAUGAGAAGCUGAUGGAGGCAGGUGGAUCAGAAAGAAAGAAAGCAAAAAUGUUGUCAUCAGUAACCAAAAAGGACUUUAUUAAUGUUUUAAGAGGCAAUAUGAGCGACAACCCACAUACAACAGAGAAAAAUAAAUCGGCUGAAAUAAAGAAUGAACAAGAGCCAUCUUGGAACAUUUUACGUGAUGAUUUUAUGAUGAAAUCUUCAAUGAAAGACUGGGAUAAAGAAGAUGACAAAGGUGAAGAUUCAAAUAACUAAAUAAAUAUAUCUGUAAAACUGCCAGAUUUUGUAUGUAUUAGUAUUUUUAACAAAUGUAAAACACCAGCAUAGAAUUUUCUGUUUACAUUCUCCUAAGCUGAUAUUUGAAGGGAAGCUGUAUUUGUUCUUCUUAACUUUCUCAGAUAUUUAAAUGCUCAGCAGUCCGUAUUAAGCAUGAAGUCUACUGUAAUACUGAAUGGCCAUAUGCUGACUGCAGGAUUCUUAAAUACCUUGUAGGUAAAAUUGACUUAUUUAUUUUGAAAGAUACCUCUUUUUUUUAUAUAAUUUUUAUGUUACAGAAAGUGCAGCUCAAAAAUUCAUUUCGAAGCAUGCUGUCUUAAGGUGCUCUACACAUUCUAUUAAAAUAACUUCUCUAAA